AGAGGAACCCGUUGGCGUUGGCGUUGGUCGCUGCGCCCAUAGAUUGGCAACCUCGAAGCUCCCCCACUCUCCAAGACCCAAUACCCAUUUCAGACUCUCAACGCCAAAUUCACAGCGAGUAGAGGCAAGGCAACCAUGGUGACGCUGGUGGUGGCCAAACCCAAAAAUAAAUUUCGUUUUAAAUUUUAAGUUUUAUAAUCCCAAUUACAGCCAACCUAAUUAUUCUUCUGCCGCUCUUCUUCCGUCGAUUCUUCUUCUUUCUUAUUCCUCUUCCGCCGCUUCUUCUUCCGUCCCUUUCUACUGCUUCUCACGCCAUUGAACGCACGACCAGGUUUGCCUAGGUGUAGCUCCUAUCUACUGACCGUUGCAUUUCCAUGCUAUCUUUCUUGAAGUUUGAUUCUUUUGAAGAGUAGAGGCAAGGCAACCAUGGUGACGCUGGUGGUGGCAACUACGCUUGAUCCAGCAUCCAUCAAUCCUGCAAACGAGCUCCUUGCCAUGCCCGGAUGGCGUUCUGGCCCUUCUCUCCAGGACAUCAAAAGCUUCGCUAAUCAAGAUGUGAGGCUGCUGCAACACCAAAAGAGCAUUGUGGUGGAGGACGACCUCGACAAUCGGUGGGAGGAGCUCACCGGCGAGGUGGUCGAUGAGGUUAUUUUCUUCAGCCGGCACACUGCCGUUUCCAAUCGCCCUGCACUAACUGUUCAUCCCAUUGGGGUUCCUCAUCUGCGUGAUGGAGAAGUUCCUCUGCAAGGAGGGAAGCCUGGAUGGGCGGCCCCGCCGAGCCCUCGUAUAGGCCCCUGGCUAAGGCUCUUGAAGAGCAUUGCGCAAUCUCACAACCUAGUGCCAGAGUUCGAGAUAACAUUGGAGGGUACUCAUCAUGGACCUGUGACAAAUAAACCGACCAUGUUUCUGGAAAUUGGCAGUACAGACGAGUAUUGGAGGAGGCAAGAUGCUGCUCAUGUUGUCGCUCUACUAGUUUGGGAAGGACUUGCAAUUGGAGGAGGAAAUGAUGUAGGAAACUGGAAGAGCAGGGAACAUAACAAGAACAACAAAGUCCUUCUUGGCAUCGGUGGUGGACAUUAUGCACCUCGCCACAUGGACAUAGUUCUAAAAGAUGGAGUUUGGGUGAGCCACUUGCUCUCUGGAUAUUCCUUGCCAAUGGAAGAUCCAAACCAGUCAAAUGGAGAUGCGAGCAAAAACGGUAUUGGCGGGAGCUGGAGAGAAGCAAUUAAAGCAGCAUUUGAGGCUACUAAAUCGGCUUUCCCCGAUGGAAAGAUCAUAGCACACCUUGAUCACAAGAGUUUCAAGGGCUGGCAGAAGAAUGCCAUAACUGGGUUUCUGGGUGAACUGGGCAUCAAAAUUGGCAAACCAAAUGACUUCUACUGAGAUUCUUUUUUGAAGAACUCGCUCAAGAUUAUCUUCAGGGCUUCGGCUGCUCAACUCAGGAUUUAGUAAUCAGAGGAAAUAUCUAUAACAUUAUAAUAUCAUUAAGUAUUCAAUACCAUAUUACUUUAUUACGUUCGUGCUUGCUUGAAUACAAAAUUUUGAAGAUUGAAAUCCAAUCUCGAAAGUGAAGAUGGACUUGUUUGGUUA